AUGUCGUGGCGCAAGAAGCCCGCGAAGGACAUCCGAGUGCUGGUGGUGGGGUCCACGGGCUACAUCGGGCGGUUCGUCACCAAGGAGAUGAUGGCCAGGGGGUUCGACACUGUUGCCGUCGCGCGGGAGAAGUCCGGCGUGAAGGGCAAGAAGAGCAAGGAGGACGUGCUCGAGGACUUCAAGGGCGCCACGGUGGCGUUCGCCGACUGCACGAGCGCCGAGUCGCUGCGCAGCGCGCUGGCCGGCCAGCAGUUCGACGUGGUGGUGUCGUGCCUCGCCUCCCGCACGGGCGGCAUCGAGGACUCCAACCUCAUCGACUACCAGGCGACGCGGCACGCGAUGGACGUCGGGCAGGAGCUGGGCGCGAAGCACUUCGUGCUGCUGUCGGCGAUCUGUGUCCAGAAGCCCACGCUGGAGUUCCAGCGCGCCAAGCUCAAGUUCGAGGCGGAGCUGCAGGCCAACGAGGACAUGACGCACUCCAUCGUGCGCCCCACCGCCUUCUUCAAGUCCCUCGGCGGCCAGGUCGAGCUCGUCAAGAACGGCUCCCCCUACGUCAUGUUCGGCGACGGCACCCUCGCCGCCUGCAAACCCAUCUCCGAGCGCGACCUCGCCAGCUACAUGGCGGACUGCGUGCUGGACAAGGAGGGCUCGCUGACGAACCAGGUGCUCCCGAUUGGCGGCCCCGGGCGCGCGCUGACGGCGCUGGACCAGGCGAUCAUUUUGUUCCGGCUGGUUGGGCGGCGGCCGGAGUUCAUCCAGGUGCCCAUCCAGGUGAUGGACGGCGUGAUCUGGGUGUUCGACAAGCUGGCCGCGAAGAUCCCGCAGCUCGCGGACGCGGCCGAGUUCGGCAAGAUCGGGCGGUACUACGCCGCGGAGUCGAUGCUCGUGAUGGACCCCAAGACGGGGGUGUACGACCCGGACUCCACCCCCUCGUACGGCAAGGACACCCUCGAGGACUUCUUCAAGAGGGUGCUGGAGGAGGGCAUGGCGGGGCAGGAGCUGGGCGACCAGGCCGUCUUCGGAGUGGCCGCGGAGGCGAAGAACUAG